AUGUUUACUAAAACAUUGGUUAACAAUGCUCGUUUGAGCUUGCGUGCUGUUGCAGCCGCUAACAGCGUUGCUCAAUUUGUUCGUCCAGCUUUAGCUCGUUCAGCUGCUUCAUUCAAUCGUUCAAAACCUCAUUUAAACAUUGGUACCAUUGGUCAUGUUGAUCAUGGUAAAACCACUUUAACUGCUGCCAUCACUAAACGUUUGGCUGAAGCUGGUGGUGCUGAUUUCUUGGAUUAUGCUUCCAUUGAUAGAGCUCCAGAAGAAAGAGCUAGAGGUAUUACUAUUUCCUCUGCUCAUGUUGAAUACGAAACCGCUAACAGACAUUAUUCCCAUGUUGAUUGUCCUGGUCACGCUGAUUAUAUCAAAAAUAUGAUUACUGGUGCUGCCCAAAUGGAUGGUGCUAUUAUUGUUGUUGCUGCUUCUGAUGGUCAAAUGCCUCAAACCAGAGAACAUUUGUUAUUGGCUAGACAAGUUGGUGUUCAACACAUUGUUGUCUUUGUUAACAAAGUUGAUACUAUUGAUGACCCAGAAAUGUUGGAAUUAGUUGAAAUGGAAAUGAGAGAAUUGUUAAGUACUUAUGGUUUUGAUGGUGAUAACGUCCCAGUUGUUAUGGGUUCUGCUUUAUGUGCCUUGGAAGGUCGUGAAGAAGAAAUUGGUGUCAAAGCUAUUGAUAAAUUAUUAGCUGCUGUUGAUGAAUAUAUCCCAACCCCACAAAGAGAUUUAGAAAAACCAUUCUUGAUGGGUGUUGAAGAUGUCUUCUCAAUCUCAGGUAGAGGUACCGUUGUUACUGGUCGUGUUGAACGUGGUAACUUGAAGAAAGGUGAUGAAGUUGAAAUUGUUGGUUUAAACAAAACUCCAUUGAAAACUACUGUUACCGGUAUUGAAAUGUUCAAAAAAGAAUUGGACCAAGCUAUGGCUGGUGAUAACUGUGGUAUCUUAUUACGUGGUAUCAAAAGAGAUGACAUUAAAAGAGGUAUGGUUAUUGCUAAAACCGGUACCAUCUCAGCUCACACUAAAUUCUUAGCCUCAAUGUAUAUUUUGACUAAAGAAGAAGGUGGUCGUCACUCAGGUUUUGGUGAACAUUACAGACCUCAAUUAUUCAUCAGAACUGGUGAUGUUACCGUUGUUUUAACCUUCCCAGAAGGUGGUGAUUCAUCUCAACAAAUCUUACCAGGUGACAAUGUCGAAAUGGUUUGUGAAUUGGUUCACCCAACUGCUUUGGAAGCUGGUCAAAGAUUCAACAUCAGAGAAGGUGGUAGAACUGUUGGUACUGGUUUGAUCACCCGUAUCAUUGAAUAA